AUGUCCAUCAUCCAACAAGUCAGCAACGCCUCUCUGGGCGACAACUGGCGCACCAUCAACAUCGACCUUCUGGACCCGGACUCCUCGUCCAACUUCGACACGUCGGCGCUCCACCCCGCCCUCGACCCCGUCUCCGAGCAGGACGUGCGCGCCCUGGGUCAACACGUGCGCCAGCAGCUCCGCGGCGGCGAUGCCGAGGGCGCGCUGCGCACCGCGCUGGAGAACGCCCCGUACGGCGGCGAUGCCGCGGCCAAGGAGGUCCAUCUGCAGACGGUGACCGAGGUGCUGCAGAGUAUCAAGGCGAGCGAGAUGACGCCCAUGCUGCAGAGGAUAUUUGGGGCUCCCGGCGGGGGGGAAUUGCUGGAUGUUUUGAUGAAGUAUUUGUAUAAAGGCAUGGCAUCCUCAUCCUCGCCCUCCUCUUCAUCGACGCCGGCGAAACGAGCUGGAUCCAACCUCACGCCCCAAAGCACGGGCUUCUCGCAGAUGGGCGGCAGACCGGGGGCGCAGAACGAGAGUAGUGGCGCGGCCAUGAGCGUCUUGCUCAGCUGGCAUGAGAAGGUCGUGGAUGUGGCGGGCCUGGGCUGUAUUACGCGGUGUAUGACGGAUUUCAGGAAGGUGUAG